AUGGAAACUUUAGAAAUUCAUUCAAAAGAUUUUUUAAUAAAAUGGAUUAAUGUACCUGAAAAUUCAAUAAUUGAUUGGCAAGUAAAACCUUUAAAAAAAUCAAUUAAUUUUGCAUUUUAUCAAAAAAAAGAUGAUCAAUCAUCAUCAAUUGGUAAUGGUUCAUUUAAUACUUUAACUCCAAGUGAUGGUUCUUCAACUCCUCCAAAUUUAAGAAGUAGAACAAAUUCAACUGCUUCAGUUAAUCAAUUUCAUAAACCAAAUGAUGUUUAUAAAUCAAAAUCAAGAAGUUCAACUUUAUCAUCAAUUGGAGAAUCUGAUUUAAUUUUAGUUAAAAAUUAUAAUAAAUUAGUUGCUAAUGAAUUAGUUCAUGGAAAAUAUGAAGCUCCAAAUGGUGGAAUGUUUGCAUUUGUAUUUGAUAAUUCAUUUUCCAAAACUAUUGCAAAAUCAGUAGAAUUUAGUGCUAAAGUAGUUGUUAAAGAGGCACCUGAUGCAAAUAUUCAACAACAUGAUCAACAUGUAUUUGAAAGUGAUACUGAAGUACCAACAGGUGAAGUUUUACAAAGUAUAAUGUUAAAAAAAAGAAGAAAGAAAUUACAAGGAUUUACAAAACGUUAUUUUGUUUUAAAUUAUAAAAGAGGUAUUUUAUCAUAUUUUAAAAAUGAUGAUAAUAAAUUAAGAGGUCAAAUGCCUAUAAAAGAAGCUAUUAUAUCAGCUAAUCCUUCAAAUAGAGAAAUUAUUAUUGAUUCAGGUAUGGAAGUUUGGCAUUUGAAAACUAUUAACCAAGCUGAUUUUAAUGCAUGGAUUAAUGCUUUCAACACUGUUAAGAAACAAGAUAAUAAAGCUACACCACCUCAAUCAUCUGGUUCAAGUGCUUCAUCUACUGAAUUAUUAAUUGUUGCUAAAAAAAUUGAAAAAUUAAAAUUAGAUUUCAAUUCACCAUUAAUUAAUGAAAUUCAUCAAGAUGUUUUGAAUUUAUUGAAUAGAAGUAAAGGUGGGGCAGAUCAUUCUCAAGCUACAGCUGGUGGGUUUGCUUCAGAUGUUCAAUCAGUAUAUUCAAGCGAAUUCCACGAUGCUGAAGAUCAUUUUGAUGAUGAUGGUGUAAAUAUUUUAGAAGAUGGUGGAAUUUAUACUCAAGAUGAAGAAGAUCAAGUUGGUGAUGUUUCAUCAGAUGAAGAAGAAGACGACGAAGAGGAAGAUGACAAUUAUGGAGCUGUUACUGGUGGAGCUGUUGCUGGAGGAGCAACGGGUACUGUUGGUUAUGCAUCAAAAGAAGCAGAACAACAAGAACUUCCACAACCAACUGUUACAGGAGAAGAAGAAACAUUAUAUCCAUUACCACAUGAUCCAGUUCCAAGAAAUUCCGACAUACCCGUUUGUACUCAUACCCCACCAUCAUUACUUAGUUUUGUGCGUAAAAAUGUUGGUAAAGAUUUAUCAACAAUUGCUAUGCCAGUUACUUAUAAUGAACCAACUACAGUAUUACAAAAAUUUGCUGAGUUGAUAGAAUAUCCAGAAGUUGUUUCAAAUGCUUUAGGUUCAGAUUUCCAAGAUGAAUCUGGUGAAAAAGUUUUAAGAAUUGCAGCAUUUGCAUUAAGUGCUCUUUCAUCACUGAGAGCUAAAGAAAGAAAUAAACGUAAACCUUUUACUCCAUUAUUAGGUGAAACUUAUGAAUUAGUACGUGAAGAUCUCGGGUUUAGAUUAAUUUCUGAAAAAGUGAGUCAUAGACCACCCGUUUUUGCUUAUCAAGUUGAUACCGAUAGUUGGUCAAUGAAUUUUGCAUUAUCACCAUCACAAAAAUUUUGGGGUAAACAAUCUGAAGUUACAACAAAGGGUGUUGUUGUAUUAAAAGAUAAAUCAACUGGUGAAGAAUAUUCUUGGACUCAACCAACAACUAUGAUUAAAAAUAUUAUUGCUGGUGAAACUUAUGCUGAGCCAACUGGUACAAUUACUAUAAAAUCUUCAAAUGGUUACAAAGCAGUUGCUGAAUUUGCUAAAGGUGGUAUGUGGAGUGGUAGAUCAGAAGAAGUUACAGUAAAAGCAUUUGAUAAUAAAAAGAAAGAAUUAACAUACACUGUUAAUGGUAAUUGGACACAAAAUUUUACAUUAAAAACCAAUUCAACUGAAAAAACAAUUUGGCAAGCUGGUGAAUUAUUACCAAAUUAUCAAAAAAAAUAUGGUUUUACAACAUUUGCAGGUACAUUAAAUAAAAUUACUGAAAUGGAACAAGGUAAAAUUCCACCAACUGAUUCAAGAUUUAGACCAGAUUUACAAGCUUAUGAAAAAGGAAAUGUUGAUCAAGCAGAAGAAUUAAAAAUUAAAUUAGAACAAGAUCAAAGAGUUAGAAGAAAAGAAUUAGAAGAUUCUGGUAAAGAACAUAUUCCUCAAUUUUUUAAAUUUGUUGGUAAUGGACCUGUUGAUGAAGGUAAAUGGGAGUUUAUUACUGGUGAACAAAGUUAUUGGAAUAGAAGAAAAAAUCAAGCAUGGGAUGGUUUAGUUCAAUUGUGGUAG